GAGAUGACAGGAUUUUCCCGCGAAGGAGAAGCGCGCUUUUUUUCCCUGGCGGGGGAUUUGGCGAGGAGGCUGGGCCAGGAGCUGCUGUGAGAUAUUAGCUCGCUGCAUUGCAGACUCUGAGAGGAGGGGACCCGGCUCCCGGGUGAGUGUCCAGGCAUGCCAGCGGAACGGCCCGCGGGCAGCGGCGGCUCACAAACUCCAGAAAUGGUUGAACAAUUAGACACUGCCGUGAUUACCCCAGCCAUGCUAGAAGAGGAAGAACAGCUCGAAGCUGCUGGACUAGAGAGAGAGCGGAAGAUGCUGGAAAAGGCUCGCAUGUCUUGGGAUAGAGAGUCGACAGAAAUUCGGUACCGUCGACUUCAACAUUUGCUUGAAAAAAGCAAUAUCUACUCCAAAUUUUUAUUGACGAAAAUGGAACAGCAACAAUUAGAGGAACAGAAGAAGAAAGAAAAAUUGGAGAGAAAAAAGGAGUCUUUAAAAGUUAAAAAGGGUAAAAAUUCAGUUGACCCAAGUGAAGAGAAGCCAGUCAUGAGAAAGAAAAGAGGAAGAGAAGAUGAAUCAUACAAUAUUUCAGAGGUCAUGUCAAAAGAGGAAAUUUUGUCCGUGGUUAAAAAAAAUAAAAAGAAUGAGGAUGAAAACUCCUCUUCUACUAAUCUCUGUGUAGAAGAUCUUCAGAAAAAUAAAGAGUCGAAUAGUAUAAUUAAAGAUAGAUUGUCUCAAACGGUUAGGCAGAAUGCGAAAUUCUUUUUUGACCCAGUCCGGAAAUGUAAUGGUCAGCCAGUGCCUUUUCAACAACCAAAGCACUUCACAGGCGGAGUGAUGCGAUGGUACCAAGUAGAAGGCAUGGAAUGGCUUAGGAUGCUUUGGGAAAAUGGAAUUAAUGGCAUAUUAGCAGAUGAAAUGGGAUUGGGAAAGACAGUUCAGUGCAUUGCUACAAUUGCAUUGAUGAUUCAGAGAGGAGUACCAGGACCUUUUCUUGUCUGUGGCCCAUUAUCUACACUUCCUAACUGGAUGGCUGAGUUCAAAAGAUUUACACCAGAUAUCCCUACUAUGUUAUAUCAUGGAACCCAGGAGGAACGUCAAAAAUUGGUAAGGAAUAUUCACAAACGGCAAGGGACUCUGCAGAUUCAUCCUGUAGUGGUUACAUCAUUUGAAAUAGCCAUGAGAGACAGAAAUGCAUUACAGCAUUGCUAUUGGAAAUACUUAAUAGUAGAUGAAGGACACAGGAUUAAGAAUAUGAAGUGCCGUCUAAUCAGGGAGUUAAAACGAUUCAAUGCUGAUAACAAACUUCUUUUGACUGGUACUCCCUUGCAAAACAAUUUAUCAGAACUUUGGUCAUUGCUAAACUUUUUGUUGCCAGAUGUAUUUGAUGACUUGAAAAGCUUUGAGUCUUGGUUUGACAUCACCAGUCUUUCUGAAACUGCUGAAGAUAUUAUUGCUAAAGAAAGGGAGCAGAAUGUAUUGCAUAUGCUGCACCAGAUUUUAACACCUUUCUUAUUGAGAAGACUAAAGUCUGAUGUUGCUCUUGAGGUUCCUCCUAAACGAGAAGUAGUUGUUUAUGCGCCACUUUCAAAGAAACAAGAGAUCUUUUAUACAGCCAUUGUGAACCGUACAAUUGCAAACAUGUUUGGAUCCAGUGAGAAAGAAACAAUUGAGUUAAGUCCUACUGGUCGACCAAAACGGCGAACUAGAAAAUCAAUAAAUUACAGCAAAAUAGAUGAUUUCCCUAAUGAAUUGGAAAAAUUGAUGAGUCAAAUACAGCCAGAGGUGGACCGAGAAAGAGCUGUUGUGGAAGUGAAUAUCCCUGUAGAAUCUGAAGUUAAUCUGAAGCUGCAGAAUAUAAUGAUGCUACUUCGUAAAUGUUGUAAUCAUCCGUAUUUGAUUGAGUAUCCUAUAGACCCUGUAACACAAGAGUUUAAGAUCGAUGAAGAAUUGGUAAUAAAUUCUGGGAAAUUCUUAAUUUUGGAUCGAAUGCUGCCAGAACUAAAAAAAAGAGGUCACAAGGUGCUGCUUUUUUCACAAAUGACAAGCAUGUUGGACAUUUUGAUGGAUUACUGCCAUCUUAGAAAUUUCAACUUUAGCAGGCUUGAUGGGUCCAUGUCUUACUCAGAGAGAGAAAGAAAUAUGCAUAGCUUUAACACGGAUCCAGAGGUGUUUAUCUUCUUAGUGAGUACACGAGCUGGUGGCCUGGGCAUUAAUCUGACUGCAGCAGAUACAGUUAUCAUUUAUGAUAGUGAUUGGAACCCCCAGUCGGAUCUCCAGGCCCAGGAUAGAUGUCAUAGAAUUGGUCAGACAAAGCCAGUUGUUGUUUAUCGCCUUGUUACAGCAAAUACUAUUGAUCAAAAAAUUGUGGAAAGAGCAGCUGCUAAAAGGAAACUGGAAAAGUUGAUCAUCCAUAAAAAUCAUUUCAAAGGUGGUCAAUCUGGAUUAAAUCUGUCUAAGAAUUUCCUAGAUCCUAAGGAAUUAAUGGAAUUAUUAAAAUCUAGAGAUUAUGAAAGGGAAAUAAAAGGAUCAAGAGAAAAGGUCAUUAGUGAUAAAGAUCUAGAAUUGUUGUUAGAUCGAAGUGAUCUUAUUGAUCAAAUGAAUGCUUCAGGACCAAUUAAAGAGAAGAUGGGGAUAUUCAAGAUACUAGAAAAUUCUGAAGAUUCCAGUCCUGAAUGUUUGUUUUAAACUGGAGCCCAAGAAUGGCUUUUAAAAGUUCUUGUUUGCAGCUAGUGAUUUCCCUGUAUUGGGUUUGAAAUACAGAUUGUCCGUUUAACCUUUUUUAUUAUAUCAGUUGACAUGUAACUAGUACCAUGUGUACUUAAUUAGAUGGCAAUUUUCUGAGCCUUAUUACAAACAAAGAAGUAUCCAUAUUAAGUUUAGAUUUUCAGUUAAUUUUUGAGACUGAGUAUUAUUCUUGGAUACAGGCCGAUGUGUACUUAACCACUUCCAGAUGUAUACAGUCUUCCUGUGGAAGUUUAGUAAAUGUCUUUUCUUCUAGUAAUACAGUUCAUGGGGUUUUGGUACUUCAGUUAUGAAGUAGGCUCUUCAUGGGGGUAGAUCGGGAUAAUGCUGUCUGUUGUUUAAGAAACUUUGAUUUUCAAGUCUUAUUUCUAUGAGAUAGGUUACCAAAUUUUCCUUAUAAGAU